UGGGCUCUGAAUUUGAUAACGCGGGCAUGGUCUAAAAUGGGCUUGGCUUUUGCGGGCCUGCUUGUCCGGACAAGAAUUUCUUUAUAUUCCGCUCUGAAAAACUAUAGUAACUGUUCUUCAGUGGUGAGGCUAUGUUAGAACUUGAAUUGUUUUACGUGGAACUGUAGGUAAUCGGUUCACCUGGGUAACAGACUUGGACUUAUUACACUUUAGCUGGGAAGAACAUGUUACAUGAUAGUUGUACACUUUCAUCUAGUUUCAUAUGUCACCCACUUUCUGAGGUAGCAUGGCAGUCAUAGAGACUUGGAGCUGUUUUCAAAUAUGGACAAUACCUGACGUUCCUACUCUGAAAUGGGCAAGGCCAUGUUCUUGUAAUGGUGGCCAUUACGGACUGUCUCUUACUGUAGUUAAAUAGGCAUAUUUAAUAUGGUACUAGCUUGACUUGAAUUAUAAAUUGUCACAGCAAUAUAAUAAUGCUUUUUAGGAGUUUUUGCUGCAAGCACAGACCAAAGCCGUUACUAGCAAACGUACAAAGACCAUUAGUUAAUACAACUUGCCCUAUUUGUAUGGAAGAAACAGACACAUCUCUUGUUAGCCAUAAUGUUCUACUAAGCCCAUGCUGUGGCAAAGGGUAUUUUCAUCGACUUUGUAUUCAACAACAGGCUUAUGCAGCAGGCUACCACCAUCUUCGAUGUUCUCUUUGCAACAAUUCAGACAAGUUUGUGAAGGAAAUGUUACGUCAUGGGAUAAAUGUGCCUAAUCAAGAUGCCAUAUGGGAAAUAGAAGGAUUGUUUGAUGAUUUGUAUGAACGAUAUGCUCGUUGUGAUGUUGAAAACUGUUGUUGUGUUAUGGGACGAAAUCAUCAGGAAAGUCAAGGGCCAUGGAGAAUAAUUCGUUGCAAUGUGUGUGGCCAAGCUGGUAGACAUUUUUAUUGUCUUGAAGAUAAAAGUAACCAUCAGCAAUGGGAAUGUGAGGUUUGCAGUGGCAUGAAAAGCACUGAAACUGAUGUAGCAACAUCAAGACUUGAAUGGCGAUCAUCAGAAUCAAAUCAAAGUGACCCUUUGAUAGAUAAAUUAUUACCAAAUUUAGGUCAGACAUCAAUAAUUGACUUGUCAUCACCAGAACCAGAUCGGGGAAAGCCAUUGUCAGGAACAAUGGAAAUCUAUAAUGAGGAUAACAAGAAUCAGUCAAGGGUGCCUUCUUUGGAAAGUUGUAAAACAGGAUACUCAAGCCCUGGAGAUCAAACAAGCUUUAAAGACUCGGGUGAUCAAACAAGGCAAAGAUCUUUUUGGCUGUCAUUUUCUGUAGUGGAGCGCCAGCAAGAGUAUCUUUUGUCUCCUUAUGAAAAUAAAGAUGAGACAACAACAUUGACAGAUUUGGGUUUGGAUGAUUCCGUUUCCUUUGUCAGAGCCAUUUCAGCAACACCAACAGCGAAUCCAAGAAAAAGUAAACCUUGUCAACGAUUGGACGUACAUGAUGUGGACUCAGAGCUAUCUGACACUGACUUAGAACCACCUGUUUAUCGUUUUACAUUUGAGCAGUGACAUAGCUAGCGCAAGACCUAUAGUUAGUCUUCUUUUUACUGUUUAUGGACAAUGGUUCUUUUUCGUUUGUCAAACUGACAUCGACAUCAUGGUGAAAAUGUGUUCCUUUGUGUCAGGUCAAAUGAUCAAAUGGUCUGCAAAUAACAAUUGACUAAUAGUUAUUGUUAACUUAUUCAUUUAUCGUCUUUGGGAACAGAUUUUUGCCACAUCAUUAUGUGCAGAGGUUGUCUGUAACAGGAUGUUCACGAAUGUGGUGCACCUU